AUGGCGGCCCCCUUGGAUGACAUGUUUUCGCGAUGCGUUGAUCCCGGUAAAACUGCUAACUGUGUUGAAGUCCGAUUUAUCGACAAUGUCAAGGGUAAAGGACUGUUCGCCAAGAGACCUUUCAAAAAGGGCGAGACUAUCUUUACUGAACGUCCCCUUGUGUCUGCUCAGUUCUUAUGGAAUGCCUUAUACAAGUAUAAAGCAUGUGAGUAUUGUCUGCGUGCUCUGGAGACGGCAGAGGAAAACGCACGCAGGCUCAGUGCUCAACCUGCCCUCGGCCUGCCCCAUCCUGAGCUGUGUAAGGUCCGGCCUGAGCUGCACCAGGCCUGCCCACACUGUCAGGUGAUGUACUGUAGCAGUGAGUGCAAGCAGGCUGCGUGGGAUCAGUAUCACCAGGUCCUGUGUCUAGGCCCUUCACUUCAUGAUCCUGAUCAUCCAAUCAACAAGCUGCAGGACGCAUGGAGGAGUGCACACUAUCCUCCAGAAACCUCCAGCAUCAUGCUAAUGGCCAAAAUGGUUGCUGUUGUCAAGCAGGCUCAAGAUAAGGGGCGCUGGCACAGGCUGUUUUCCCACUUUUGCAGUCGUGCAGCCAAUGAGGAGGAGGAAAUAGCACACAAACUGCUAGGAGAGAAGUUCCAGGGCCAACUGGCUUUGCUGCGUACCCUUUUUACUACAGCACUCUAUGACGAUCACCUCAGUCAGUGGUUCACUCCAGAUGGCUUUCGCUCUCUUUUCGCACUCAUCGGGACCAACGGGCAAGGCAUCGGCACCAGUUCCCUCAGCCAGUGGGUUCAUGCCUGUGAUGCACUGGAGCUUCCUCACCAGCAGAGGGAGCAGCUGGAUGCCUUUAUUGACCAGUUAUACAAGGACAUCGAUAAAGAAACGGGCGACUUCCUCAACUGUGAAGGAUCCGGUCUCUUCCUACUUCAGAGCUCAUGUAACCACAGCUGCAUACCGAACGCGGAGGCGUCCUUCCCCGACAACAACUUUCUGCUUCACCUGAGCGCCCUGAGUGACAUCAGCCCUGGCGAGGAAAUCUGCAUCAGCUACUUGGACUGUUGCCAACGAGACAGGAGUCGUCAUAGCCGGCACAAGAUCCUGAGAGAGAACUACCUGUUCGUAUGCUCGUGUCAGAAGUGCAUGGCCCAGAUGGAUGAUGCGGAUCUGACCUCAGAAGACGAGGACGAGGGGGAAGGAGAGACAGAAGGGGAUGAGAUGGAGGACGAGAUGACGGACGUGUGAUGAAGAUCGGGUUUUGGGUUUCACCAUUUCCCCACCAUUUCAUACCUGUAUUUUUGUGGACAAUUACACUUUCAUAUCAUCAUAAAAAAAAAAGGCACUCGGGUCAACAUAACGAGUCUGCAGCUCUGUUCAUGCAGUAGGAGAGUAAGCUCUUGGCUAUGCAAAGCGUUUUGUCUCACUUUUACACCUUUAAUUACCAUCACAUUAGUGGUGCCAAGAAUGCUUCCAUUUUCAUUCUUUCAGACUGAUCUAUUCCACCUUUUUAUUAUAACAUAUUUCAUCUAUGCACUAACAUUUUUGGUAUAUUAUGAUGCUCUAACACAGCAUGAAGUCUUGCAAAGACAAAAUAAUCCACAUUUCAUCAGCCUUUCUAGACUGUAGACACAACAAACCAGCCAUGUGAUGUCUUCACAAAUAUUUUAGUUUACUUGGCUCAAAAAUAAGUGUUUGUUUUUGCUUGAAGAAGGUCGGGCGUUCUUAACCUCCUUAGACUCUCAGAAUCUGUCAGCUGCUCUAGACUUAUAUUCCUCAAUCUCUUAACUACAGUGCCCUCCAGUGUUAUUUGCACCCUUCAUAAAAAUGAGCUUAAAUGAGUGUAUUAAAAAAAAAAAAGAACCUUAAACACAGUAAUUCAAACUUUUCCCUCCAACGAUAACUAGGGACUAUUUAUCUUUGUUCUGGCCGUAAGCAAUCUUUAAAAUAAAUGCAAACCAAUUAUCAUUCUUAUUUUUUAUUUUCAUUUUUAUCUCAGUUCUCCAGGACCAAUGUUGUUCCCUUUAGCCAUGUCUUGUUUCCCUGGGGUCUAAAUAGUAUGCUGCACACAAACAUAAUAUUGGUAAACCCCUAACAUAAAAUCCCUUAGUUAUCAAUUAAUCAAUUACCAUUGGGAAGAAACCAAAGAACCUGAACACAGUUGGUUGUUGCCUUACACAAAUCAGGUAACAGAUAUAAAACACAUUUAUACAGUUAGAAAUGCAUUAAGUGGAAUUAAGGCUAUAAGAAUGUUUAAUAUGUCUGAAAGUGUUUGAAAUUAUCCAGGAAUUGGACCCAUGUACACACUGUAUCCCCACACAGUAAUGAGGAUGGUGAAGGAAGUAAAAAGUGCCCAUAGAUCACAGUUUUAGAAUUUCAAAGCCCUUCCUAGUAUCCUUCUACAAGUGUUUCCAAACUUUGUUAAAUAUUACAGGAAGAGACUCAGUCCUGGUAUUCUCUAGGGCGUGAGUCCCAAAAUGUUAAUUUUAAGGGUGCUGAUAAUUUUUAAACCAAUAUUUUGAAGAAAAAAAAACACACUCCUUUAAACCGUUAUUGCAUGUGCUGUAUUCAUUUUAGCACAUUCAAUUUUUUUUUUUUUUUUUAAAUGGGGUGCCAAUAAUUAUGGAGGACACUACGUACAUUUCCUAUUCGUUUCACCAUAGUUAUUGAAUAAAAGUUUACUAAUUGGAUGUUAUGCCAGAUGCUAUGAAAGUACAUGUAAAUGAAUAACUCAUUAUACUAUCCAAAUAGUACGCUUUAAGACUGAACAGCAAGCCGAGACAUUACGGAGUUUAUCAAUUAGACGUCACAGUAAACAGCUGCAGCUCUGCCAGUGUCGACGUUGUGGACGAGUCUGUAGUUCACAGCAGGUCUUUGCUGAUCUGAAGUUAUGUUUCAGGUGUGCGGCAUAAGUUUCACUACAUAAACUGCCAGGCAGAUGCAUUUUGCCUCAGGAUUCUGUUUUUGAUUUUGAGCGAGGUCUCACCACGGCGUGGCAGGAGGGAGGAAAACACCGCCAACUGCAUUUUCCACUACUUUGUCAUAAUCGUUCAGCACGUAAUACAGUCAUCGUGUGUUUAUGAAAUCCUCAUUGGAACAUUCGCACUUUCUCCUUAUCGUGCAUAGUGUUCUUGAUAAAUCCUGUCAGUUUCAUCAACAUCAUGCCAGAACAAUUCAGCAUCGAAAGCGCCAGAUGCUGAAUUAACAUAACUGGAUAUCUUCGAAAUGCAAUAAUAAUCAUAUGACAGUUUAAGCGUGAUCAGUACGUGAAACAAAAUGUUUCUUGAAUAAUUUUGGGGUGUCAGUGCUUUUUAUCUUGCUGAAACCACAGACCAAAUAAUGAGUAGAUUAGCAUUCAUUAGCGCAACAUCCGCCUCCUUGAUAUUUACACACACACAUUUUCUAUUUGUUCUGCCAUCAGGACUUCAGCAGAUAAGUUCUCAGAGCCUGACUUCUGGACUACAAUCAGGUUUUGCUUCAGUUAUCACAGUGAAUACUGUUUCUAUGGACACAUCCCUGAGACAUUCAGGAUGGUGGCACUUAAGGACAAAGACUUGUGCUACUCGAUGCAUGCAUAAGCGCUUCAUAACAGAUGACGACAAACUCACGUUAGCGCUUAUAUAAGCAACAAGUCUGUUGUGUAAAAUUGAAAUAACAUUUUAAAUUACACUGAAAUACUAAUUACCUUCUUGGAGUGACCAAUAAUUUUUUAAUUUUUUUUUAAAUAUUGCAGUUUGACAAAUAUGAGCCGGUGUUCCAUUAAUUUGCUCACCUUUUAAGUGCAAUCCUGGGGUGGCAAGCUUUUGUACUUAGUGGUCAAAAAUGGGAACUGCAAAACAAGAAAUCAAUGCCCAUUGGUGCCCAUUGCUCACUCUAUGAACAUUUUCAGUGGAGGAGCAGCGGACAAGGUAGUUAACCACAGGGUUGCCAGGGCCAGGUUUUGGUUUGUUUUUUUUUUUUUAUGAAAAUUGACCGCUAAGAUAUUUGACAACAAAUAAUCAUAGACAGUGUGUCUGUGAUGGACAGAGCCAUUUCUAUUUAAGCAAUAUUGGACAAGCAAGAGUGCAGUUACAGUGAGUAUCAGCAUGGCUGUGAUUACCUACAGCGAAUCACGGUCACUCUGAUAUUCAGUAUAACCACACUCUUGAUUGUGCAGUAUUGCUUUUAUACAACAGUUCUGUAAACAAGAAAUUAAUAUUGAGUAAGUGACAUUUUGGACACAAUAUGGCCACAAAUGUUCUGUUUGUUUUUGUUCCUCUAGUGGAAAUAGAUCCCAAAGAACCCACGUUCACUUUAUUGCACGUCAUUGAGCAAGGUCAAUUUGAUUUGUACAUGCUUCUGGUAGAUCUGUCAUCUUUUCUUCCUUUUCAUCUUUUCCUUUUCAUCUGAUACACACAGUGUACACACAGUCCAGUGUGGUUAUAGAAAAUAUAGAAAUUCUUGCCGCUUGACCAAUCAUAGUAGUGAGCCGGUACUACCUGUAGUAUAAUGUAAGAUAUAUUGCAAAAACUGGGUGAAAGAAAAGUGGAUCAGAGGAUGAGUGAAUAAUGGCCAUAUAUUAGAAAUGUGUGUGCACCACGGUGACCUUGUUUCUGAAGUAAAAACAUGAGAAACAAAUAAGAAAACCGUGAAGAUGUAGUUGGGCUGGAAAGUUUCUGAAACAUUGCAACCCUGGUUAAUGGUGAUAGGAAACACACAUACUGUAUUGAACACAGUUUGAGGGUACAUCUAAAUCCACUAAAAAUAAGCUGCUAGACCAUAUGCUGAAUGACUGAAUGACUGUCUGCUGCCUAUUACGCUGUUACGCUAAAAAUUCACUACAUAGUAGCCUGUAUCUACUGUUUGAGCCUAUGUUGUUGCUAAUAUCGUCCUACCCAACCAACACAUAUGGCCAAGAGCCUCUGCUAACUUGACAUCAGAAUUAACAUUACAGUUGGAGUGUGCCGAAAUAAGCUUUCAAGAAGCUUUAAACAGGCUUUUGUUAGAUGUCUUGAACUGUUUACAGAGGCGUUACGUAGCCUUAGGAAUAAGUGCUACUUUAGCCAUGUGACUCCCAACUACUUUUACAUCUUUAUCUUUCCCCAAACUUUUUUAGUUCGGCUCGGGGUACCAAAAACAUUUUCAGACAACUUUACUAAAUGAUUGUUAAAUGAUCAAUUUCCACAUUAACCAGGUGCUAAUAAACAGAAAUAGUGGAAGAAACGAAGAGGUACACACGUAACAUUAUAGAUUGGAUCUCACGAGGUUAAGAAUAUGUACAGUAGAUUUUUUGAGCUUUAAACCCUCUGUUUGGCCACUGUACCAAAAAGUGGAGAAUUUUUGGAUCUGCAUGUACAUAUACAGUACAUGCUGCAUCUGCAAACAACAUCUUGGCCAAAAGCCUCUGAUUGUUAUUUCUGGCGAACAAGGGUGCAAUGUGAGCCCAACAUCCUGUAAGAGGACAAAAUAGGAAGAGAUAUGAAAAAGGAAGUAUGGACACCUGGGGCCGUCUUUGAGAGCAAUAACCUCUGAGUUCAGGCCAACUGGGUUGCUCUGGCAAAACGGCCUGCUGUGAAUGCAGCCACACAACGGCAUGCCUUCAACAUGGCCACAUGGCCACAUGAGAGGGGUCGUAGUGCCUGCCCUUGGAGGAAAGAGCCCGAUAGAAAUGCCUGAUUGAAGAUGGAGGAGGGGGGUCGGCUACAAGCACACAACUUGAAUGAAGCACAGUUGUAAUGACUGAGAAAAAGAAGCUUUUAUUCUAUCAAAUUGAGGCAUGCGGAAUCCGCAUUUACAUUAGAAAAUGAGCUUUGAGUGUAAAAUAGGGAAAUCAAAAUAAGCCACAUUAUGAUCAUUGCAAACUCACGCAGGGCAAAUGAAAGAACCCGAUUUGCAUCUUGUGAUUAAAAGGUUGGAUCUUGUUUAAGCAUGGUUGACAUUCAGAGGUGAUACUUGCCUGCAUUUAUGAAAGAGAGCAAUUCUGGUUUAACAUUUGGUUGUUUACAGUUUGUCACAAUGCUAAUAGCUCUAAUUUGAGCACUCCAGUUGACUUGCACACAGCAUGUUUGCAUUUUUUGCGAUUACUUACUACUACAUUAACUCCUGUCAUUCAGACCAUGUUUCACUGGAACAACACCAAUAAAGACAAGUGCAAAAUU